UGAUUGAGGCAAGCGCCAUUUUUCCUUUCAGGAGGAGGGUGAUGCAGCUCACAUUCAGUGACGAAUAAGGUGGAAAAAAGGCCCGUAAUAUUUAUUGUUGCCGAAUCCUACGCGGAUGUUGACGAGCAGAUAACUAGCGUGAAGUUGAACGCCGACUGCGCGGGAUAACAGCAACAGCGGAGCGGUGUGCGGGGGCUGUGUACAAUAUCGGGAGACCUCUCUUGCACGCUCACACACACGCGCACGCACAAACACGGCAGGAGGAGUGUGUGUGUGUGCGUGUGUGUGUGUGAAAGAGAGAGAACGAGAGAGAGCUCCCUCUUCCAGGACUGACGGGAAAGAAAGAUGUUUCAGCUUCCUGUGUUUAACCUGGAAAAAAUCCGAAAAUCUAGAAAGAGAGUUAAAGGAAUUUUAUGUGACAUUGGCCUCCAGAGUUGUAAGGAGCUGGUAGGGGAGCUCAAGAGCUUCGAUGCUGGAGAUAAGUAUUUCUAUAAUACGGAAUGGUCAGAUGUUUGUGAAUGGGAUUCGUAUAGAAGGAAAAAAAAGCCUCUGUACCGCACCAAGACUUUCUGCUGCAGUCUGUGCAAGUUUUCUACUAAGACUAUUUAUUCCUUCCGGCUGCAUGUUCAGAGGUGCCAUGAAGAGGAACAAGAUAUUGAGACAAUUUCUGGGUGUCCUGUCUGUCCAUUCACUGCUCACCCUAAAGUCAUCAAUCAGCACUUUAAGUUUUUUCAUACUAUGCCACGGAAAAGUCAGCUUUCUUCCUCACAUGCCAUUGUUGGGUCUGCUCCAGCUGCCAUGUCUUCUUCUGAUAGGUUUUCCUGUCGAAAAUGCUUCUAUCAGGAUUCCUUGUAUUACUGCAUGAAGAAGCACAUUUUGGUUAUGCAUUAUCCAUCGCUUUUGAGCAGUUAUUUUGGCCAACGAGCGGAAUCUGAACUUACUUCAUGUCAGGAAACUGGAUUUUCUCCACUUCGGUUUUACUGUAAGAUGUGCAAUUUACCUGCUGAGAGUUCUGACCAUUUACUAUAUCACAUCCUGACAUCUGAUAAGCACAGAGAACUCGAGGUUCACUUAAAAGCCUUAAUCUAUGAACAUGGAAAACAGGGAAAAAGAAAUCAGCUGGCAAAACUCGCAAGCAUUGCACCAAAGGUUAAAGCAUCUUCUCAAAUUUUAAAUGUACCCAUGUUGCCUGGUACUAAUGGACAGCAACCAAUGAAUAUGGUUCCACUUCCUCAGAAUAUUACACAUGGACUAAUGGGACCACCAAGACCCCCUGAAUGUUCUCCUAUUAAUAGUCCAAUCAUGGCCCCCAAUGUGCCAAGGACUACAGCCACUUCUUCAGGACCUCGGCUUAUGAGUCCUCCGGUUCCAUCACUAAAUCACAUGCGCCCAUCAUUGGUACCACCUGCUGUCAUGCACGGAGCUCCAGGAUGUAUGCCUCCUAUAGUACGAGCCCCUUGCAGCAAUCAAGGAUUUCUCCCACAAGGGCCAUCUCCUUCUCUUGUACAAAUGUCCCCAACCACUCCUAGAAACUCUCUUCCUCCCACAUCACCAGUGACUUCACUAAUCAGUUCUCAGCCCUCUAGAGUGACACCAUCUGCUCUGCCUGCUGCUACCACUGUUGCAACCACUUUGAUCCAUGGUGGUGUUGUUGUUGGGGGCCAGCAGAAGGGCCCAAUGAAUAUUUCAGUGCCAACAAUAACUAAUAAUGCUCCUAAGCAAAUGCCAGGGUCUCUUCGACUCCCACUACAGCACCAGCAGCAGCAGCUGCUGCCACCUCUACCACAGCAGCAACAGCAGGGCCUAACCUUGAUGCAAACAACUCUUAAUUUCCAAAAUAAAGUAGGACUUCGAGCUGCGGCCCCUCAGUCACUCUUGGUUUCUCAAAGACUUCCACUUAAUCAGCCUGUGUCUGCUGUAAAUGCUUCUAAAGGUGCUAUGUUAGCGUCACAGUCUGUGUUAAGUCAACUGAUUCCAACAGGAAAUAAAGUAAAUGGAUUACCAACAUACACACUGGCACCAGUUCAAGUGGCAUUGCCUGUCCAUUCUGGAAAUGUUCAAAGCCUUCCCACUUUACCAGUACCAGUGCAGAUCCCACAAGGAAAUCCUGUUACACAAAUUGCCCAACAAGUACCAGUUAAACCCAGUGCAUUAUCUGUGGUCCCUCCUAGCCUUGAUUCUUCUGAUGGAUCAAAACAGGCCAAGCAGUGGAUUUCGUGCCCUGUCUGCAAUGAGCUUUUCCCUUCCAAUGUGUAUCAAGUUCAUAUUGAAGUAGCUCAUAAGCAGGCCCCUCCUAAGCCCACAAAUGUGGUGCGAGGACUGGCUGCCAGAGCCCCAUUUUUGAAGAAGAUUAAGGAAAAGACCAUCAAAUGUUUAGCGUGCAAAGUGUUACUUUCUGAAAAAGGUCUGUGUGAACAUUUGUUACAUGGUUUGAACUGCUUAUUUUGUCCAGCAAUGUUUAGUUCUAUUAAACAGCUGCUUGAACACACAACUAUGGAACAUAGCCCUAGGCAGAAAGUGAAUUCAGCAUUUAUGGAACGAGAAUAUCGUCUAUACACUGAUGACCAAGGGGAAAUAAUUUUCCCUUAUUUUGAUAUGAAUACAGCUGCACCCAAAGAACAAGUUGGCGAUAGAGAAAUUAAUUUGGCACUAGUGACUGGAUCUCUUGAAUUGAUUUAUAUUAAAGUGCAUCUUGCAAUUGGUCAAACGAUUUGCAAGGUAACUCCAAGGUUCCCGUCUAAGGAUUGCCCUUUUUGCCUUGAAAAGUUUGAGAGUGUCCAUGAUUAUGAGCUGCACUUGAAGAGCAAGCAUUAUAUUAUGCCUACAAUUCAUGCAAUUUUAAAAAUGCCAGCUUUCAAAUGCAUCUAUUGCUGUGGAGUAUACACAGGCAAGACAACAGCAAAAGCGAUAUCUGUUCACGUACAGCGCUGCAGAUGUGCUCCCAGGAACAACAAGGAAAUGGAGAAAACUAUAUAUCCGGACAGCAGUAUUUCCACACUCAUGUCAGUGAAUGGUGGACCUCCGAAGUUCACCAUGCUACCAGCUAACCCACAUAAUCCCCCAGUAGUUAUCAACUCACAGACUGUCAAUCCAAUUAUUCAGAAUACUUUAAGGAUUGAAAGUAUAAUGAGAAGCUUAGAAUCCAGUAACAGUGAAAAAGAAUUUCUUGCUGCAAAAAAACGAAAAAUUGAUUCUGAAAAUGACCCCGUAAGCUCUGCUGUAGAAAAACCCCAAGUCAUUCUAGCACUAGAUCCUACCAGUGUGUCGGUGCGUUCAAAUGAAGCCCGUAAGGAGUUUCUCAAUGCUUAUUUCAACAAAAAGCCAUACCUCUCCAAAAAAGAAAUUGAAGUGCUAGCAUCACGUUUGUGGCUCAACAAACCUGAUGUUGCUUGCCAUUUUGGCUCAAAGCGUACCAGAUGCAUGAAAGCAAUGCAGAAAAAGCAAGCAGCUGUACUCUUAGGCUUUAAUAUGUCUGAACUGAAAAAAAUAAAACAUAACAUGGAAAUCAGUGAAGUCACAAUUGACUGAAAAGAAUAAAAAAACUGUAAUUAUGUGUUAAAUAUUAUCUCUUCCAAAUUAAGAUGAUAAACUAUGCUAGGUACUAUUUCUAAUUACAUAUCCACUGUAUAGAAAGAAAUUACCCAAAGUCAAGCUGCAGAGAUGUUUUCCGUAGCGCCACUGAAGACCAAUAUAUAUAUGUGUGUGUGUGUGUGUGUGUGAGAACAUGAGGGCAAACUCAAAAGUUGACUGUUAAAAUUUUGCUUAAGCUCUUAAGUGCUUGUCCUUGCUCUAUAAGCGUUUUGUUUCACAGCAGUUACAUUGCACAAGAAAAAAAAAAAAACAAAAACUACUAACUAAAAAUAGAGCAAGCUGUCCUUUAGAAUUUUCUUUAAAAAAAAAAAAAAUUAAA